AUGACCACUACACUUCGCGGGUUUCAACAUGAAAUCGAGCAAAUACACGAUCGAGAGCUUGCCAAACAGCGUGCUGAAGGUCGUGUUGCCUUGGAGAAGGACAAACACAAGGAGAAGGCUGGCCAAGCCAAUAAACCAAAGGACCCAACCAUUCCCGGCACUGCUGGUCGCGCAACUGAGCAAUUAGACAGUGAUGAUGAUGACAGCCAUAACAAGCUACAGAAAAUGUUAACUGAACCUGAAGUGGAUCAGAAAGUAACUGACUACUUGGCACUGUUACUUUUGAGAAAUCGAGGAGAGAUUAUCGUACGGCUGGGGACUCACCCACCGCUUCAGAUGAUAAUGGAGCCAGGUACUGAGCUCUCCGCGAUAGAUAAUCAAUCUCGCGGGAAUCCUAUCACUGAAGAAGAGCUGGAUAUUGCUUUGAAAGCACUGGAGGUCACUGCAGAUAGCGUUGGAGCUAAGACCAUGUUAUUAUACCACCAAUCUGGGGCAGCAACGCACACACCAUAUGCGUCAUUGCUGGUUAGGCUUCCUCCGCCCACAGUGGAACGCACACUUGAGGUCCGCUGCGCUGUAGUGGGAAAUGUCGACUCCGGAAAGUCCACCACUCUUGGCGUACUCACCCGAGGUGGGCUGGAUGACGGGCGAGGAAAGGCGCGAGUGGCACUCUUUCGUCAUAAGCACGAGAUUGAAACCGGAAGAACCAGUAGUGUUGGAAUGGAGGCAAGUACAGUUAUUCAUUUCAGGAAUAAUCCAAACUUCCAGCUGAACACGGCUGAGGCGCAAUCAGGUGCUGAUAAAAAUGCAUUUGCGCCUGCUACUGCUCGGAGAGAGAAGCUUACCUGGGACCAAAUAAGCGAAAGCAGCGCGAAGAUUGUCUCCUUCAUUGACCUUGCCGGGCACGAGCGGUACUUGAAGACAACUUUGUAUGGGAUGACCUCCCAUGCUCCGGACUGCGUUAUGCUCAUGGUCGGAGCAAAUGCUGGGCUCAUUGGAAUGUCCAAAGAGCAUCUGGCCAUUGCUCUAGCGUUAAGCGUACCAGUCAUCGUCACCAUAACAAAGAUUGAUAUGACACCUGCAAACGUCCUACAAGAUACGAUCAAGCAAGUUGUCAAGAUACUCAAGAGUCCUGGCUGCCGAAAGACACCGGUCUUUGUGAAAUCCAUGGAGCAAGCAGUUGAACUGUCCAGAGCAUUUGCAACCGAGAAAUUGUGUCCAAUAUUCUUGCUAUCAAACGUUACCGGCGAAGGUUUAGACCACUUACGAAUGUUCUUGAACUUGGUUCCGUCCAGCGAGGGAGACGAGCAUAAGUUUACAACCGAGUCGCCAUUGGAGUACUCCAUUACCGAUGUAUGGUCCGUUCCAUACGUUGGUGUCGUAGUCAACGGUAUAAUAAAUGCCGGUGCAAUCAACACCGGCGAUGCUGUUUUACUUGGCCCCGAUGGCAACGGGCAAUGGAUCGCAAGUAGCAUAAAGAGCAUUCAAAGAAAGCGAGCCAAUGUGGAAAGCGCCGAUGCGGGACAAACGGUGUCUAUAGCCCUUAAAAGGGUGAGACGAGCCAAUGUACGGAAAGGCAUGGUUCUGGUGGCAAGAACAGACCACCCACCACACGCGGCACGGCGAUUCCAAGGGCAAGUUUUAAUCUUGUAUCACAACACCACAAUGCAGAUUGGGUACCAAGCGAUGCUUCACUGUGGUGCAAUUCGUCAAACGGUCCGAAUAAUUGGCAUCAAAGACCAUGCACAAGGUGUUCUGAGAACAGGCGAUCGUGCUACUGUGGAAUUUGAAUUCAUCUCCACACCCGAGUAUAUCAAGGAGGGCAUGAAACUUCUCUUCCGCGAGGGAAAGACAAAGGGGCUGGGAGUAAUCACCAAGGUUCUGUAA